UACAUGCCUUUCAGUUAACAGAGAGAAUACAGGUCUGAAGGAGGUUUGAGCAGGACCAAGCUCACAAAAUGCCCAGAAGAAACCAUCCAGAUGGCAACUUUUUCAGAGCAAAAGGAUACAGCUAUGUUGCAGCAGAAGAAGCUCUGGGUAUUGGACUCUUCCUUCUGGUGCUGGCAAUUUUACUUAUCUUUGGCUGCUGGUAUUACAAAAGACGUAAUGGCUACAAAAGUCUGCGGAGCAAAAGCUCUAGUGUGGGCACAAUACGAACCAUGGUAGGUGAGGGAACAACACUGGACUGCAAAAUGGCGCUGCAGGAGUACAGAAACUUUAAUUCUGUGGUACCUGAUGCUCCACCAGCUUAUGACAAAGUUGCUGCAGAUCAGUCACCACCACCUUAUUCACCAUGAUAACAUGAAAUCUUAAACCCUAAACAUACCAAUUCAGUAUCUUCAUGUUCCUGCUUAAUUUCCUGUACAUGCUUAACUUUCUUCAAUCUAAAGUCAUUAAAAAAAUCACAUGCUUUCAUUAGCAGUUGCUGAAAAAUUAUUCCUGCUUAGUUUACAGAACUGGUUCUUGAAAUGUUUCAAUAA